UGUAACACUGGGCGGAUGUUGCGUUGGCCCCACGCUUGCGCAGUGUUACAAAUAAACAAUAUGGCGGCGUCCUUACAGCGCCUCACGUCAGCUGGGAGAUAUCUUCUUCAAAGAUGUUUAGUGAAGACGCGUUGUCCUGACGGGCUUCCUGUUGGACCCCGGCGACUGCUGGCUACUCCGGCCGCUCAGCAGGUGGCGCUAAAUGUCCCUGAAACCAAAGUGACCAGUUUAGAGAACGGUCUCCGGGUGGCUUCAGAGGACUCUGGACUUACAACCUGCACUGUGGGCUUGUGGAUAGACGCCGGCAGUCGCUAUGAGAACGAGAGGAAUAACGGCACAGCACACUUUCUGGAGCAUAUGGCAUUUAAGGGCACCAGGAAGCGCUCUCAGCUGGACCUGGAGUUGGAGAUCGAGAACAUGGGCGCUCACCUGAACGCCUACACGUCCCGGGAGCAGACGGUCUACUACGCCAAAGCUUUCUCCAAGGAUCUGCCGCGAGCUGUCGAGAUCCUGGCCGACAUCAUCCAGAACAGCACGCUGGGCGAGGCGGAGAUCGAGAGGGAGCGAGGCGUGAUCCUGAGGGAGAUGCAGGAAGUGGAGACCAACCUGCAGGAAGUGGUUUUUGACUACCUGCACGCCACAGCGUACCAGUCCACGGCACUGGGCAGGACCAUCCUGGGCCCCACUGAGAACAUCAAGACGAUCAACAGAGGAGACCUGGUGGAGUACAUCACUACACACUACAAAGGACCCAGGAUCGUGUUGGCAGCUGCUGGAGGCGUUUGCCACCAGGAACUCCACAGUUUGGCCAAGUUCCACUUUGGAAGACUUCCCAGCCGGGAUCAAGGCGGAGCCCCAGCUCUUCCUCUGUGCCGCUUCACAGGAAGUGAGAUCCGCGUGCGCGACGAUAAAAUGCCCCUGGCUCACAUCGCCAUCGCUGUGGAAGCGGUUGGGUGGUCUCACCCGGACACCAUCCCUCUCAUGGUGGCCAACACCCUGAUUGGAAACUGGGACCGCUCAUUUGGUGGCGGUGUGAAUCUGUCCAGUAAGCUGGCCCAGAUGGCCUGUCAGGGAAACCUGUGCCACAGCUUCCAGUCCUUCAACACCUGCUACACGGACACGGGCCUGUGGGGACUCUACAUGGUGUGUGAGCCGGGCACCAUCAGAGACAUGAUGCACUUCACUCAGAUGGAAUGGAUGUCUCUUUGUACGAGCGUGACAGAAAGCGAGGUGGCUCGGGCCAAGAAUCUGCUCAAGACCAACAUGCUCCUGCAUCUCGAUGGAUCCACCCCAAUCUGCGAGGACAUUGGCAGACAGAUGCUGUGCUACAGCCGCCGGAUACCUCUGCAUGAGCUGGAGGCCCGGAUUGACGCCAUUGAUGCCAAUACCAUUAAGGAGGUCUGCACCAAAUAUAUCUACAACAGGGCUCCUGCCAUCGCAGCUGUUGGUCCAAUAGAACAGCUACCAGACUACAACCAGAUCCGCAGCGGGAUGUUCUGGAUGAGAAGCUGAGCAGCACUGCUGAGGAACUGUCAACUGCAUACAAACAUAUUUAAGUCUUGGGUCAAGUUUUUUUUUUAUUAUAAAAUAAAGGAUAACACAAUAACAUUAAAAUAACAAAGAUUCUAUCCU